AUGUUGGGCAGUUCUCUUCUUCUCGCGGCCACGGCUGCCAUUUCUUUCCUUCCUGGUCUCGUGAAUGCGGCACCAGCAGUUACAAUCGAGCGUCAUGAGAAUGGCACUGUUACCUACGGUAUGGACUAUACCGAGGACGAUGGCAAUGUCCUGGGCAGGAGGAGGGUCAUUUUUCAGUUUGAAGGCUGCUCCGACCCACAGGUAAGAGACAUCUAUGGAGCGUGGAAUUCCAUGCUUGACAUGGCCGGAGUGAUCAAGGACAAGGUCAACUUCAACGAGGAUGUUGCCAAAGAUUACCUGGGACAUCCGUCCCGAAACAACGAGUAUCAGCAGAUUUUCAAGGGUCAGACCCCAGCCUUGAGUAAACGCCGAUCAGGAUGCUUACCUUUACCAGAUUUCAUCAAGUCUGUCACCACCUGGCAGCUGGGCAGCUCAGUCGAUUAUCUCUUGCGGAUGCAUUGCGACGAUCCGAUCCGCAAAGAUGGCGCGCGAGGCUCGGUGCCUAAGGACCUAUGUCCCAAGCUCACAUUGCCAGAACACUAUGACAGAUGCCAAAGCCGGUGCUGGUUUUCGUGGAGAGAAAAUGAGGGGACCGAAAACGAGGCACUAUACUGGAAGCCCAAAGCACUCGCGUAUACAACAAACAGGGACCGCAAACGUGGUGACUAUAUUAACUGGUGCCCUGAGUGGUUCAACCUGAAAACCUGCAACGACGCAGCUUCCAAGUAUUCCAAGGAUCCAGAUGACUACCAAAGGCACAACAUGGUCAACUACCAAUGCAGAGAGCAAGCCAUGGUGCACGAACUCUUCCAUCUUGAUGAGAACCUGGUCAACAUCGGCAACUUCGAUUCACAUGUCACGGAUAGGAGACUAAGGAUUCAAGGCCGAAGGGCAAGCACGCUCGCCAACGGACCACUAUACACUAAAGUCCUAGCUCUUUAUGCGAAAGAGAGGCCUGGUUUCUGGGUUGCAACAAACGCCGAUAACCUCGCCUUGUACUUUCUGGGCAAAUGGAUCCAGGAACGUUUCGGUCUCUACCCACACCACCCUAUUGCGAAAGACGUGCCAGUGAUUGUUUUCAAGAGGGCAAAGCGCGACGACGAGCCCACCGACGACCCCCCCGACGACCCCCCCGACACGCCCGACGUCUGGGAUCCGAUCCGCAUAGUUGAUGGACUAUUGGCCCUGGGUGACCUGAACGACCUGGCUGUCGCGCUAGGCGCCGGAUCCCGAGAGGAGGCGCGGGAACUCUACAGCGACGAGCCAGACGCCUGCCUCGACCUUGUGGGAGAUGGCGAGAACGAGGACCCGGUAUGCGCCGAUGGAGGCGAAGUCGUGGAGCUCGAGGCACCUGCAGACCUGGGGGCAGGCCCAGUGGAAGAGAUACCUGCGGGCCCGGAGGAAGGCAUCCCUGCAGGCCCGGUAUCUGAAGGCGACGACCCCAACGGCCCCGACGCCGAGGUUGUCACAGCUCAAGAACCCGAGGCUGCCCCGACUGGAGACAUUGCGGAUGCCUUUACCGCCGUCCUCGGGGAGCCCCUGCCUAACAACGGCCCAGAUGCCGAGGUUGCCACUGAAAACGCAGAGCCCGCCCCAACUGAAGUCAACCUGCCCGAAGGCACCGACCCCAACGGUCCGGACGCAGAGGUUGUACCGAAUCAAGGUGCUGAGGUGAUCCCGAACAAGGGUGCGCAGAGUUCGGUUCCUUCCAACUCGACGACACAGGCGCAAGGGUUCAGGGGUGGAUCAGGCGUCAGGUGA